AUGACACCGAAGGAAAACAACGCAACAGAAAUCGCGGCUCCUAGCAAAAAGCCGCUAUCUCCAUCCCAAGAGCUAGCCACAUUCUCACACUACCAAGCAUACCACUUUUCACUUGACCCAUUCGAGCUCUCUCUUGCUCGGCUCAAAAUUACCGGACGCACCAGAAGGGAAAGGAGCAGCAUCAGAACUGAGAUGCAGAGGGACUGGAAUGCCAUGUACUAUACUGCCAAGAUCACUCUAGAAAGGAACCUCGGAUAUCCGGAGUGUGACGGAAAAGAAGAGAUGGAAUUUGAGGAUCAUCCUACAGAUAUAAAUAGAAAUCAAAAGUGGAACGAAUUUUUAAAGUCGAAUACCGAUCGAAAGGUCAAACGGGCAGAGGAAUUAGAGAAAAUUUCGGUGGAAGACCUACGAAUUGGAUUUGAGCAUCUCGAAGAUCUCUAUCUGCAAGCAGAUGCAGGUUCCAAAUGCAAAGGGUUAAGUGGGCUGAGGGAACACAUCGUUACGAUCAGAGGGAAAGCUCAAGCAGGGGACUCAACGAACUUCAAACGCCGGGAGAGAAUCGUCAUCUUCCUCAGAAAGCUUCGUACGUGUAGUGAAGUCGAUGUAGCUGAUCGAGAUGCAAGGCACACAGAGGUGUGGACACGCAUGCACAGAUGGGCUCUCGACAGAUGGACUUACAAUCUUACAUAUGAGGACUGCCGUUAUGUACCUAGUGAGAAAACUCCCAACGAGAAGCAUACUUACUCGAAAUAUGUGGUGGAGAAGUUGGAAGAGGUGGACGGUUUGGAACCAUGGCGGAUACAUGAGAAGAUACAGGUGAAACUUGAUGAGGUUCGUGAUAAGUUGUAUGAGGCGCAGGAUUUAUACUUGAACGAGAAUUUGGAGAAAGAGGAAGCAAGAUACAUCAGCUUAGCAAUCAAUUCCGUGAAUCUUGGGGAAAGCGGCCGCAUCUCCGCUGCCGCUAUGGCAAAUUAUGGGGCUUUCUGCGGUGAAGGUGGCGCAUAUAUCCCAAGUGGGAAUUCUUGA